CCGAUUUGCAGCGGCGGCGACUGCAACCAACAACCUCCGAGCAUUGCAGUGUCUCCUCUUGUGCACCUUUUUACGCCGAUUAUGUUGUGUUUUCUCGGUACGGAUUCCAAUUGCAUCGUGCACAACUAAGUUCAACCCGUCUUACUGUGCCAAUAUGACUUCUGUGGCAAUGACCUACGUCGUCUGCGAUGUUGUGUUGUCCAGUGAACUGGAGGUCGCAUUGCCGUCAUAGCGGCAGCAGUGGCAGUUUAUCUAAGCCUACCUCUCUCGAUUGAAAAGAUUGAAAAUGAUCGUUUCUACUGACUGUCGUAAUCUGCGUUCAUUAAACGCCUCCGAAGCGUUCGGAGACGUUUCGAGCUCCUCGUGAACAGUGAAGAACGUGAACACAAACAGAUCGGGAGCGUGCAAGCGCGUGGUUUGUGCACCAAUGUCGCUGAUCGCUGCGAAGUCCGCUGUGUGAACUGCUGCAAAAGGUUAAAAUACUCUUAGGUACAGUGGAAAAUGAAUCGCCACCAAGUGCUUACGGGUGCAGUGAACGCUGGAGACCACUGCUAUUCAGUGGGAAGCGUCGAAGGCGUUCCGUUCACUGCGUAUGGUGCCGGGUGCAAUAUCGUCAUCCUUGCCAGCAACUUUGAACGAGUUCAGAUCAUUCCUGGCUACUUCCACGGCAACGUUCAGGUCGGGUGCAUCGAGUGUUCUACAGACAUUGGCAAGGUCGCUGCUUCCUAUGGCAGACACAUUGCCAUCUUUGAACCAUCUCCUAUUCUACACCAGUCUUCACCACAUAAGCUGGACUACAAAUGGGUGCAGACGGCUACGAUCGAGGUUGACUACGUUGUUACCGUGCUGUCAUGGAAUCUCGAAGGCACAACAUUGCUGGCGGGUGGAGACUACAUCCAGAUGUGGUGUUACUCUGCACCGAGCGAAAGUACGACCAUCAAGGAAGAGGAAGAAGGGGUCACCUUUCACCUCGGAAGCGAUGCUCCGCCGCGCAAGCCUUCUUUACCGGUUGAAGAAAAGUCUCUGUGGGAUUGUGUUUGGAAAUGCAGGACUUCUCAGCCAGUCAACUUCCUCAAAUUUUCUCAGGACGGAACACUGUUUGCGUCUGCCGGGAAAACCGAUCGUCUCGUCAAAAUAUGGCACGAGAGCCAGAGAGGCAACCGCAGUCAAAAUGGCGACAAGCAGCGUAGUUUCAGCUUCGUCUAUUUGGCUCAUCCGCGGGCAGUGACUGGAGUGUCGUGGCGAAAAACCAGCAAGUUCAUGCCACGGGGCUCAGUGGCAAACAUGGUCGUGACUUCGUGCCGGGACAACAUUUGUCGUCUCUGGGUGCAGACGUUACUACCAGAAGAUGGACUAGUCAACCUGCAACAAAUUGAAGCACUAGCUGGACAGACUCCCCGCCUGCAAACGCAGCGGCAUAGACAGCGCAUUGUUCACAAGCUCAAGCACAUGAAGUCAUUUAACGAGUACAAGCGGCGCCAAGCAGCGCAGUCGAACGACGAUCCCAAAGAAACGAUACCUACUUUGCCCAGCACGUACAGCGUUCACGAUUUCCACAGUUUUGGCCUCCAAGGCUGUGGCGUCGCUCCAGGCCUGCAUUUUCACUUGGCAGCAAGCAUCAAUGCUGAAACUGACAUUCCUCUAGUUCCGAGCCUGAGCAGCAGCAGUGGCGCUCGUGAUGCUCAAGAGCCCAACUUUGUGCUUCACUGGUUGAAUAACAAGGAGAUGGCUUUUAGCCAUGCUGCGGAGGAACUCAUACAGGAGUUGAGCCUGAAGGCUAUUCAAACGCGUCAAGAGGCUCUUCAGCUGCAGCACCUGAAAGAGGCUGCGCUGCUGAAACAGCAGAGUGCUGAAGAUGGUGAAGAAGGCAACGAUAAGGGUGCGGAAAAUGAGGACGCCGUGUCAAAAACUAGGUUUUCAGCACUGCCGAAACGGUCACUCGCUGAGGAUGCCCUCACCGGAGCAAGCGGUGUUGAGAACGUUGGGCAGAAGCAGCAGUCUCCCACGUCCUCCUCAGCGUCCGUGGCAACGGAGACGUCUGCUAAAAAUGCGGAGCAAUCUUUGGGCGAUGCCCUGGACCGCAAGAUUGAAGCAUUGCUGAGGGAAUGGCAUCGUAUGCCAGACCUCUUAUUCAGCAUUCACCCUGUUGAUGGUAGCUUUCUUGUAUGGCUCGUGGAGUGGUUAGACGAGUGCAGCCCAGGAACGUUCCGUCAAGCGAUGGUGAGCUUCUCGUCCCGUAUACCCGGAGCCAUUCCGCUGGGUGAUGCGGCAACCCUGUCGCAUCAUCUUCCGCUCUACCUGCCCAAUGCUGGACUCGACUUGAGGACGGUCCUUCAGGGACUCGCCGCUGUAGAUGCGCCACCUUCGCCGAACAUCCAGUCUGCCGCGGCAACAGCAGCAGCAAAGUUGUUGCCUGGAGGAACAGCGGCAGCUGAGAGUCCCACGUCACCAGUAGCCGAUUUGGGAGCCAGGAUUCACCGGGCAGCCUGUUGCCAAGUUUCGCCUUCACCCACGAUAUGCAUGCUGUCGAAACACAACAACGGCUCACUUAACCUCUGGCACGUGACCUUUGGUGAAGACUCGAAUUUCACUCAUGUCUUGAGUAUUGGCCAUGCGUCCCGCGUCUCUGGCCAUCGUUUCCGCAUCAACGAUAUCACGUGCCAUCCAGUGCUGCCGCUGUUGCUGACAACGUCCCAUCAUAACCUGCCACGUACGUGGGAUCCGCUCUCUGUCGACGAAGAUGAAUCGUCGGACAAACGUGAAAAGGAUGGUGAGGAAUCGGCACCAGAUGGCAGUGGUGAACUCCCCAUUGGGUUCUGCAGCGAACUAAUCCUCUGGAAAGUUGAACCUGUAGGGCCCCUUUCAAAAUCCGGAGGAAUAGCCGAACUGGCACGCAUCAAUUCGCUGGAGCCGUCGGCUUUCUCCAACGUUGCCUGGGUUCCAACGUUGCUACCCAGUACUACGCUCGGGAGCAUCUCAAAUUCUCCCAGCGCGUGCUUCGUGGCUUCGGACGGGAAGCAACUACGCGUCUAUCAAGCGGUAAUCGACGCUCGGACCUUGCUGGCCGAGGUGCUGGCGUCUUGCAGGAAGGAGAACGCUGAUGGCAACUGCGUAUCAAGUACGACGUCGUCGGGGCUAGACUACCGACAUGCCGGUCUGCAAGACAACUUCAAGAUAGUCAGUCUUCAAUCAACAGCGCGUCCGGGUUGUAUUAUCGAGCUGGAUGCCAUCAGCGAAGCUACUCAUGACUGGCAGAACACUCAGUUGCUGCACGUGUUCCAAGAACAGCUCAUAGCUGGCGUAAAGCACGGCUCCAGCAGCCCAGCGAGCGGCACGGCGCAAAGACCCGGUGCCCGCGACGAGCCAGGCAACGAGGAGCUCCUCGAGAAAAACGUGGGACUGUUGGAGACGUCGUACCAGGCGUUCGUGGACCUGCGCCACAGUGCAGUCUUCGAGGAGCCCUUCUACCUGGUCGUGCUCGAGAAGGAGGACGGCGGAAGAUCCGUUCUGCACAUGUGGCGCAUACUCAUCGCUUCGCAGACGUCCGCGGAUGCCACGCAGCAGGCGUACGCGGCGUACGUUCCGGACAGCAACAUAGUGCAAGAGAAUGACCACUCAAACGAGUCGACGCGGAGCAACAGCCCCGACGCUCCUCCGCCGAGCGCGACGCUUCCGCCGUCGCCUCAUGCGUCCCCGCUUCGAAUUACAACGACCAAGGUGUGCACCCACGAGCUGCCUCUACCACCAGACGUGGAGAUUGCUCAUGCGACCCCAGCGGCAGGGCACGUGAGCUCGUCAAAUAUUUACCCAGCAUGCUUUGCCCCGUACAUUCUGUGCACCGCUUGUACGGACGGACUUACCAGGUUCUGGAAGUGUAGAGUGGAGGGUGACUCAGAGGAGGAGAGAACAUACACCUGGAUUGAAUGGGAGAUGACACUGAACAAGUCGUCAAGUGCAAUCAAGGUGCCAGGUCAACCGCUGUGUGUGAGCUGUGCAUACAGCGGCCGUGUGGCCUGUGCCUUUAAGCACGGACACUCGUUCACGCGCCCCUCCUCUGCCAAUCCCACCGACCGUUUCGUCAACAUCAGUGUUGCCAUCUAUGAAUGUGAAUCUACGGGAGGUUCCGAAUGGAUCUUGGAAGAUACGGUGCACCUCAAAAACUUCCGCUUGCCAAAAUUGGACAAGUCCUCCCUGGGUCUGGAUCUGAACUCUCUGUACGACACAACGUUACGGAACAGGAAGACUGUAGAUUCUCUAGUCCAGAAGUUGGCUUCGGAUGGCGAUCUUGGUGCGCCGCCGAGUUCGCUGCAGCGCCUCCUGGCGGUGCCCAGCUAUGCAACUCUUCACACGUUGCGGCAAGCGGUAAUUGAGUGCGGCAACCAGAACUUCUUGCUGCACAAGUCGCUCGUUCAACUGGACUGGGUUUCGUCUGAAGACGGCUCUCACGUGUUGACGGUUGCCGUUGGCCAGAAGGUGAUGUUAUUCACACCAGUGUCGUCAGACAUAGCUCAAGCCAACUUGCAAGCCAUGAAUGCCUGCAAGGCGGCUGCCUCCCGGCCACUCCUAAAACAGGCCUCUUCCAUGGCUCCUCCCACAUCAACAGCGGACACCGUGCGGUGGAUGCAGAUCCGCUGCACCAGGCUAGAGACUGCAGACGGACUGCCGCCACUUCCCAUGCAGCUGUCCUGGGUCCGGGAUGGGAUCCUAGUAGUGGGAAUGGACAGCGAGAUGCACAUUUAUUCCCAGUGGAAACCGCAGUUGAAAGGAUCCGCAGGGCAAACAAGAGAACGAGAGGAAGAAGAUGUCAUCCGCGGACGUCUCCUGGCAGAAGAAGACUUGUUGAGUCGUGCACAGGAAGUGUCUCAACUGCGUCUGAGCCCGGCCACGGGUCCGCUAGCUCGCAGCGCCUCCUCAUCUCAGGCCCUGGACAAGAAGAAACCUGGGGCCCAGCUGCGAGAAUCGAAUGCUUCAUCUAAAGCCACAGCUGCGAAGGAGUCCGAGACUGUGCUGGGGCCGAUGCCCGAUCUCGGUUUGUUCGAAACCUGUCGUCUGGCAUGCCCAGUGCUCCCGCAGUAUCAUCCCAAGCAGCUGAUGGAACUCCUCGGGUUUGGAAAAAUCCGCAGGGUCAAAGCUAUUUUGAGCCACCUGGUGCGAUGUAUAUCGAAGGCAAACCAAGCUAGGACCCUAAGCACUGGAGGUGGCGCACCGGAAGGAGCCCAAGAAAACGAAGGGGAGGAGGGCGGAGAAGACAGCUUGCGUGCAUGGUCGCGCACACGCACCCUCUCGCUCGCAGCCCCUGCCGCGGGGUCGGCAGCCGGAUCGGGAGCUCACACUCCGAACGAGGGACCUGGGGUAGUGCCCGAAGAAGUGCAGUUAGACUACGUGGAAAUUCAGUCCAUUCCACCGCUACCGUUGUUUGCACUUCUGGCUGCAGACAAGCAGCACGACAUGCCUUCAACUCCAAGGGCAGAUGCCUCACCGGGUGCUGCAGAUGGAGUAGAACCAGCGCCUGCAGAUCAGAAUGACUAUAGCUCUCUCUUCGAGUCAGCCCCAAAGAAAGACAAGGGACUGGACGAUUUCCUCGAGGAAGACACAACUGGUAGUGGGGGACACCAGAAGAAAGAGAAGCGCAUUUCGGACAAGAACCUAAACCAGUUCGGAACACGACAAGCUCGGCUCCUGACCCAACUGCUCACCCACUGCCACUUACCAGGCUUAUCCAGCUUGGACCAGAUGCACCUGCUGGCCCUGGCGGACACGAUUGCAUCAUUCCAUGCCACGCUUGCUGAUCGAUUCGAUUCGGAGAUAGUACACGCAACCGCGAAAGACACAGUGCGGCCCACGUACGAGAUGACGAUGCAAGCAACGACAGAUUCGUUGGACGACUGCGGGUUGCGCUACUUCUUAGCAGUACGCCACCACACGUACCUGCUUCGCUGUCUGCCUCUGGUCCAGCGGAAGCAGCUGCAGCGACAAGGGCUUGGGCCACAUCACCUUGUUUGGGCUUUCCACUCCGAGACACAAGAAGAGCUAGUGCAGCUCAUUCCUGCAUUCCAGAAGGCCAACACGCGGUGGGCGGAGCUCAAGGAAUUGGGAGUGGCCUGGUGGGUACGGUCCAAUCAGCUCCUGCGCAAGAUUAUUGAGAAGGUUGCAAAGAGUUCAUUCCAGGCUCAUAGCAAUCCUUUGGACGCGUCACUCUACUACAUGGCUCUGAAGAAGAAAAAUAUCAUAGCGGGCCUCUACAGGUCAAUCAACGACAAGAAGAUGUCAGACUUUUUCCAGAACAACUUCAGCUUGGAUCGCUGGAGGAAAGCAGCUCUGAAGAAUGCGUACGUCUUGCUCGGCAAGCAGCAAUUUGAACAUGCAGCAGCAUUUUUCCUGCUGGCUGGAUCGGUCAAAGAUGCUGUCCAGGUGUGCCUAAACAACCUAGACGACCUUCAGCUCGCGAUGAUGAUCGUGCGACUUCACGAGGGCGACCUCGACUCGACACCAGAGCACGUCCAACGACUGCUGCACGUCGAAAUCCUUGGCUGCUCGGAAGACGGCAGCGACGAGGAGACCCCGUCCUUGGCCCAUCCCAGCCCGUUCCUGCGUUCCAUGGCCUAUUGGCAGCUGCAGCACUACGAGGAUGCCCUUACCACACUCUUGCAGACGGGGGUUGGCGAAUGCCAUCAUAGGGCAUCUAAACUGGCAAAGGACGACGACACAGGAAGUGCAGAAACAUCAUCCAAUACAGCUGAUCCAGGAGUUUUCAACUUCUACCUCUACCUUCGAACCCACCCACUUGUUGUACGGCGCAACCUGGCCCGCAACCAGCAACGUGAGGGAAGCAGAAGACACGCGCGCGCCAUUAUGGUAUCUGGAUUCAAGCAGGGCACACAUUCCAAAUCCCUCAGUGGCGGUGGCACCGACACCAUAACUCCUCUCGAGCGUCGCCUCUUCUUCACCACGUCACACGCCCACUUCCGCGCCGGCUGCCCACCCCUGGCGCUCGAAGUGCUGUCGCGACUCCCAAACUGCGUCCUCGACAAUGGAGACGAGGAGUCCAUGAGUCCAACGAAAUCAACCGCGGAUACCCCAUUGGGAAAGCUGCCAGGGGUGGAGAUUACUGCGCCGCAGAAGUCGUCCGACUUCGACUGGAGUCAGCCUCUGACGACGACGGCUCAGCAGAAAUCGACGGACUUCGAUUGGAGCCAACCUGUAGCGGCGACAAAAGAACAGAAGGCUUCAGAUUUUGAUUGGAGCAUGCCGUUAGCGUCGACGAACCAGCAGAAAGCAGCAGAUUUUGAUUGGGGCAUGCCGUUGUCGUCGCUGGAUCAGCCGACGUUCUCACUGAAUGGACCGAAAGAGGAAGAGGAGGAUAAAGGAAUUGAGUUGUCAGUUGAUGAGAGAAAGGGUGACGACGACACGCAGGACAGAAACUUGGUGGAGACAUUGGACAUUAUGGCUCAGCAGCUGAAGUUCAUGGCAUGUUUGAAGAUUAUGAUGGAGGAACUCAGCACAUUGGCUACAGGGUUUGAAGUGGAUGGUGGUCAGUUGCGCUAUCAGCUGUACGUGUGGCUCGAACGCUGUGUGGCUGCACUAAAAGAGCUCUGCCACUACGGUGCAACCAAUGUACACGCGUCUGGAUCUGUGUCAUCAGAAACGUCAAUCCUGCCGGACGCAGUGGUAGAAGCUGCGCUCCCAACAAGUGCAGAGCCGGGCAACACUGCCACUGCACCCACACUUCACGAAAUCCUGGUAGCGGACAAACAGGACUUUGAAGCAAAGUUGGUGCGAGCAGCCAAACGGAAACUGUGGCUGAAGGCCAACGAGGCUCUGCUGCGCACUCUCCUCUCUUACACAAGCCUCCAUGGGGCACACGGAGGAGGGUUGGCUGCCGUGCGCAUGGAGCUCAACCUUCUCUUGCAGGAACUUCAGCAAGAUCGGUCACAGCAGCAGUUGCUCUCACCACUGCCAUUCCCAACUACAUUACCUCUCUUGGCAGCCAGUGUUGCCUGUCAGAAGACUGUGGUUGCCGAUCCUAUCAGGCAUUUGCAGCUAAUGGCGCACGACAUCCUGCACACCCUGAUCGAGAUGCCGGACCCACCUCUGGCGGUAACGAGCGCCGUGCUCUUCUCCCGCGUGUCUGUGCUGUGGGACCUGAGCAUGUCGCUGUCCGCCUGCAUCUACCAGGCACUCUGCGACAGCGACAGCUUCAGCGGAAAGCUGCAGGGCAUCAACAGAGCACUGGACGUCGAGGACUGCCUCAGUCUAAGUGUGGUGUACCAGAACAGCCAUCUGCUCGCCGGCCAUGCUCAGAGGAGGCAACGUACGAGCACUUCUGAGGAGCCUCUCAGGCCUACCACUGCACCUAGCAAGUGGCCAGGUGUACAGUCCCUGCGUGCCCUGAUGGCACGAGACAAAGACGAAGAUGCUCCACGUCUUCACACCCUCUUAUGCGAGUCGUUUGUGGCAGUCUACCUGAGCCAGUUAAUCCACGCACUAGCAGCUUGUGACUGCCACGUGUUGUUCCGCCUGGUGGGCCAGCGGUUCACGCAACACACCUGGUCCAUGCUGUAUGGAGGGGGAGCAAAGAAGCUACUCCGUGUCUCCACUGCUUCUGCCGCACAGACUCCAGGGUCUCCCGCCGUUGGAGGUGGAGAUAAAGAGUCCACAGCUACAGUAGAAACUGGUAUAUUUGACGCAAUCACCCGCCAACGCGUGAAGUGGAACAUGCGGAUCCUGCCUCAACUAAAAUCUGAAGCACCGCAAACGAACAUCCGGGAAGAUCGACCGACCUACAGAGAACUCUUCGUUCCUCCUGUGAUGUCCAUGAUGUCCUGCUUCAUGACAAAGCCAACCCUUCCGGACCACUGCGCCCAGCUGGAUUACGACUCAGCUGAAUCACUCCCGAGCAGCGAUGACGAUGCUGGAGCUGCGGGAAGCGACGAGGAGAUGGGAGGGCACGACGACGAUGUGUUUUCAGACCCAGCUACGGGGUCAGCAUCGACCAAGGGCCGGAGACGAGAGUCGCAGGCAUCUCGUCUUGAGCAGCUGGACUCUGGGUCGUACGCAUGGGCCCUGAUGCGCUACGCAAUAGCGCGCAUUGCAAACCGGAACAUUCGAGAGUUUUUGUCCAUCUCUGGCAUAGAGUUGCAAGAAUUGCCUGUGACGAGUCCGCUGCUGCAUGCCUCCCUGCGGGUGCUGGAGCACUGGUUAAGGCACUUGCGGGAGGCCCUGGAGGCCUAUGGGGGCCCACCUGCGAAUUUCUUGCCCAACAGCUGUGUGGAGGCAUCAACCACGGGGCCUCCCAUCCUCAAAUACAAGGUCAUGCUGGAGCUGGACAAUACUCCAUUCCGGACAAAACACCCGGCUACCUUGCCCACGCGUCGCCUAUGGAAUUAUCUAAUAAGGCAAGAAGAAGUGCAGGAGAUUUUCAUCCGCUACAUCUUCUCCCAUAAGGUUGGGCCACCACCACAGCAAGAGCACCCAGUCACACAUGAUCCCAUUGGUGAAGGUGAUGACCAGUCUGUCGAUGGAGCAGUUCAGGACCCCAUUCGGAUUAUCCACAAGGAUCAAGAAAGCAUUUCUACCUUCUGUGUCAGUCAGGUGACCGAAGGCAUACUUGCACUGGCAACACCGAAAGAGUUGCAGGAACUGGACAUUUCCGUCAUGUUGGAACCUCUGCCGUGGCUCGAAGAUGAAGCGGAGUUUGAUAUCUUGAACAUUGCUCGAGCACCGGAAGCCCCACCUGUGCAAGCCAUGGACUUCCUUGUGAUCCAACAUCCGGCAGACCGCAUGACGUCCACGGGCUCGCAUGGGUCGGGAGGGGGCGCCGGGGGAACCCCAACAUUCAACAGUCCCACCAACGUAAAUCCUCCGCCCAUUGCGGCUCAAACCGGUCGGGGAACUACUCUGCCGAAAGGGCUCCACUUUCCUGGCAGCUCUAAUCCCCUCUUCUGUCAGUUUGUGCUUGAAAGAAGUCAUCACAUGAUCAAACCGUUGAAGAGGCAUAGGAUAGACUCAGUACGAAGAUUAUGCUCUCAUCCUGUUCUACCAGUCUACCUGUCUGGAAGUCAGGAUGGCUCAGUAAGUCUAUGGGAAUGGGGCCAUUCACAACCAGUGUCGACCCCUAGACUGUCUGGAACUUUUGCCAAAGUCACCAGUAUCCAAUUUAACCAACAAGGCAAUAAGUUUGGUGUCACAGAUGCAGACGGCAAUCUCAGCCUCUGGCAAGUUGGCAUCACAUCGCCAAAUGCGAGGCCUUUCUUUAGCUCCCAGUGCCACUCGAAGCAGGCAAGUGAUUUUGCCUUCAUCAGCUCGUCCAGCCUAAUUGCCACCGCGGGCUACUCGGCUGAAAACCGCAACGUCUGCAUCUGGGACACUCUUCUUCCGCUGCGGAAAGCUCUGGUCUCACCAUUCCACUGCCACGAACACGGAAGCGCCGCAGUUGUUUUCGCACCACAGAAUCAGCUGCUUAUUUCAGCUGGAAAGAAAGGAGAUGUUGCCAUAAUUGAUGUGAGGCAACGCCAAAUCCGGCACAAGUUCCAAGCUCACGACACCGCAAUCAAGUGCCUCACGCUAGAUCCCAAGGAAGAGUAUUACAUCACUGGAUCGGCAGAUGGUGACAUUAAGGUAUGGGGCCUCUCAGUUCAUCUGCUCCUCUACGCGUUCCCUAACGAACAUUCCCGAAGCACGCUCUUCCGCAACAUCGGCAUGGGUGUGACACACCUCUACACGGACUCUCACGGACGUCUGUUCUCCUGCGGCGCCGACGGGUCCAUGAAGCUGCGUCAGCUUCCCGAGCGGGACGUCGUGGUCGCCAGCCUAGUCUAAGAUCUGCGCUUCGAUUGAAAUUGCUGUGUCCCGAGAACGAUGUGGCUUAAAAAAUAUAUAGUGAGGAAUAGUCAUGUAUAGGAUGACUCUUAGGACAGAGGGAGACGUGGCUAGGUUGCAUGAGAUUUCAAUUUUCCCCAAGAUGUGCCGUCAUAGGAGAUAAUGAGAUGUGAUUAGGAAUGAGUACAGUGACUGUCAAAAUGGUGUGUAACUGAGAUUACUUGGAGGUUUCUAAAGAGGACUAGUAUUGCUUUGAACUCUGUUGUACAGUUUGAGGAUGUGUGGACGUAAUUUAUGCAACUCCAUUGUAACAUCGACAGAAAGAUUAAUAAUCAUCUACCCGUGGCAUCAAAAUCUAAACACUGAGGAUUGAUUGUGCAGAAGAGUACGUAUCGAAUAUAGAAGACAUCCGAGAUAACACCAUAAUAUCUUGCUCACAAAGGUGAGAAUUCCUACGCUAUUCCAAGGUUGUGCGAUAUAGUUACAAGGGGCUUUGCGCUUGCAUAUCACAUUCGAAAUUGUGCUUCCGCACCCGCUGUAGAACAGCGUGCUUACCUCAAUUUUGAAAGCAUGUUCCGCGCAAUACUGUAUCCCUUCUAGGAUUCUACAAGCUGUUUGUUGAUGUUUCAGACAUGAGCACGCAUUGUGCAAAGUUGUGCUUUCCGGUAUGCAAACUUUGCACCAAAUACUAGAAUUAUACUACGUCGUUCACAAUGAAUUGACGCCAAUUUUUUCAGUUGGCUGUGAUGUCGCUGCGCUUCUGUGACCGUGUCUGUGAGAGAAGUUGUGAUUCUUUUUCCCACCCCCCACUCGUUAUCGGCCCCGCACUCAAGUCUGGCUCCGUUUCUUCGUUAUGGCCAAAGAGAAUUUUUGAGUCUUGUGACGUACAGCGAUGUUUUUUUCCUUUAAUAUUUUUGAAUUGGAGACGUACUAUUUUUUGUAUAUAUACAUAUAUUAUGUAUACAUGUCUGGCAAUUAUGUAAGAUAAGUGGAGCCAAGCUUCGGAAGAGAGAUGAUUAAUAUAUCAUUGAAGGAUGUACAUACGUCAUUACGUUAUUGCUUCCACACUUUACUGGUGGUUCUACUUAUAUUUUAAUUUUAGCAAAUAUUGUUUACGUGGCUCUGCUGGAAUAAAAUCUAAAAUAUGCA